AUGGAGAAAGCCAACGGCCACAGGAAAGUAACUGGGAAGAGGGCCGAGGCUGCCCAAGAUGUCUCACUUUUACUCUCCUGGAGUCUGCCCAUCUCAGCCCAAGCUGCUAUUGAGUCAGUGCCCCUCAAUGUGGCUGAAGGGAGCCAUGUUCUUCUACUUGUCCACAAUGUGCCACAGGAUCAUAUUGGUUACAAUUGGUACAAAGGGGGUGAUGCUAAAGAUCCCAGCCUUCGUAUUUUAACGUAUAGCAUACAAGGUCAAACAACCAGCACAGGCCCUGCCUACAGCGGCCGAGAGACUGUCUACAACAAUGGAUCCUUGAUGAUUCAGAAGGUCACCCAAAACGACACAGGAAUCUACACCUUACAAAUAAUAAAGCAAGGUUUUCAGGUCAAGGUCAAUCUGCCAGCUCUGAUGCCCUGGUAA